AUGGUGCAGGACUUCAAGCUCUCAGCCCAACUAAAGGGCCACGAAUCCGAUGUUCGCGCAGUUAACUUCCCAGCAGCUAACGUCGUCCUCUCUGCCUCCCGAGACCACACUGUCCGACUUUGGCGCAAGGCGACAAGCCAGUCACCCUUCGACGACACCAUCGUUAGCCAAGGUCAUGCCUACAUCAACUCUCUCACCUUCAUCCCACCCUCUGGCGAAUAUUCCAAUGGCCUGGUCGUUUCAGGCGGCGCCGAGCCCAUCAUCGAGGUCAAGAAGCCGAAUGCGACACACGAUAUGAAUGCCGAGCGACUGCUAGUUGGACAUGGCCACAAUGUGUGCACACUCGACGUCUCGCCUGAUGGCAAAUGGCUUGUUUCUGGCAGUUGGGACGGCAAAGCGAUCGUUUGGAACACUGCUACCUGGGAGAUGGCCCAUGUGCUCAACCAUAACAUGGACAACAGGGGUGUCUGGAGUGUACUCGCAUACGACGCGGAUACCGUUAUUACCGGUAGCGCGGACAACAACGUACGGAUAUUUCGCCUAAAGGGCGCUACGAGCCUCGAAAUCGAUCCUUCACGCACCCUCAGUACCGGCGAUGUCGUGCGCGCGCUGUGCAAGCUCCCCACGGGUCUGAAGGGACACCCCAGCGGUGCUGAUUUUGCCAGUGCCGGGAAUGAUAGCGUCAUUCGACUGUGGAAGCUGUCAGGAAAAGCGGUGGGAAAUCUCCAAGGCCACGACAGCUUCAUCUACUCGCUUGCCGCCCUACCUACCGGCGAGAUUGUUAGUUCUGGCGAAGACCGCACUUUGAGAAUCUGGAGGGGCUCCGAAUGCAUCCAGACUAUCACACACCCUGCCAUCUCAGUGUGGGCUGUUGCCGUCUGUCCCGAAAAUGGCGAUAUUGUGUCCGGCGCCAGCGACAACAUGGUUCGUGUCUUCACCCGGAGCGCUGACCGGACAGCGGACGCCGAAACCAUCGCUCAGUUUGAAGAGUCCGUCCGCAACUCUGCAAUCCCACAGCAACAGGUCGCCUCUAAUAUCAACAAGGAGAAGCUUGAUACCAAGGACUGGCUGCAAAUCAAUACCGGGGCUAAGGAUGGUCAGAUCAAGAUGAUUAGGGAGGAGGAUGGCACCAUUGGCGCAUACCAAUGGUCUAUGGGCCAACAAGAAUGGAUCCAUGUCGGAACGGUGGUUGAUUCUGCUGGUAGCAGUGGGAAAAAGGUGUCAUACCAGGGCAAGGAGUACGACUACGUCUUUGACGUGGAUAUUGAGGAUGGUAAACCACCACUCAAGCUCCCGUACAACCUGUCGAUGAAUCCGUACGACGCAGCCACCAAGUUCCUUGGUGAUAACGAACUCCCAAUCUCGUAUCUCGACAACGUCGCCAACUUCAUCACACAAAACACUCAGGGUGCCACCUUAGGACAGACCGCCGAUGCCCCCUCAAGCGACCCUUACGGUACCGACGCUCGGUAUAUCCCCGGCCAGAGCAGCCAAACUGCUAAGCCCAAAUACUUGCCGCAUACCGAGUUCCUCAGUUUGACCAACAGUAAGCUUGAGCCGGCUUUGGCUAGACUCAAGACGGUCAACACCAAGCAUAUCCAGGCCGGGAACAAGCAUAUCGCGAUGAACCCUGACAGCGUCGAGGUUCUCGAGGGACUUGUCAAACAGCUGCUUCAACCUGCUUCUGCCGCCGGAAAGUUGACCAACUUGGAUGCAUCGAAAACUAUCCUCCUCACGAUCAUCACUCAAUGGCCGUAUGCCGACAGGCUGCCAGCGCUAGAUAUUCUCCGUUGUCUCGCUGCCUGGCCCGCUGCGGCUUCCAUCACAGACGACCGCUAUGGCGACAUCAUCGACAUUGCGGUCAGAGGAGCUCUUGAUGUGGAGGACACCGUUAGUGCAGAGGGCUCACUGAGCGACCUUGUCGCCAAUAAACUUGACGCAACAAAGGCAAAUGCUAACAGCGUCAUGAUGGCUCUCCGUACCAUUGUCAACCUUUUCAAACUUGACGACGGCCGGAAGCUUGUAGCCAGCAAGGCUGGUGAACUCCUCUCCCUUAUGGGCCACGUUGUCGGUCUCGACGGGGACAAGGGCGUGAUCGGUGCCGAGAACAACAACUUCCAGAUUGCGCUGACCUCAGCUGCUUUCAACCUUGCUUGCCUAUUCUACAGGGAAAGGAAGGUGGAUGCGAACCUGGACGAAAUUGCUCUCCUCAUUAUGAUUGUCGAGGCAACUGUCCGUAAGCAGAAGGACCCCGAAGUCCUGUUCCGCGCUCUCAUGGCGCUCGGCAUGGCUCUCUCUAUCGGCGAACAGCCGGUAGCGGAGGCAAAGAAGCAGGGAGUUGAUGCUUGGUUGAGGGAGGUGAUCGGGCAGACUCCGGAGCAGCGCCUCAAGGACGUUGCUCAGGAGUGCCUCGCGUAUAUUCGGGCGUAA